AUGGACACGGUUUCCAGCUUUGCCAAGACUCUGUCGUCGGACGGAUCGCUGGCCCACGUGAUCGUGUGCGCCUCCUCGGCCGCCAUGGCCAUCGCCUUCGAUGCCGGUGGACCGCAGCGUCAGGAGAACUAUUGGGUAGACGACUUGACCAAGGACGAGGCCCAGGAAUUGCUGAACCUCCACGGGCACAAGGACAAAACGGACGAAUUCCUUGAAGCAUGCCCCUUGGCUGCAUUGUUUGCUUUGUUUUGUCGUGAGACGCAUCCUGCGCUGGGUGGGCAGCCCUUGAAUCCUUUAGGCGGCUACAACGCGCUGGAUCUGGUGCUCACCUGUGAGCGCUACGCCGACGUUGGAGAAGAGGCGCUUCAGGCCAAGAAGGCGGAGAUGGAGAAGAGGGCCUACGAAGAUGUGGAGACUUUUUUGAGGGAUUGCAAGUUCAAGACGGUAGAUGGCAUCACGCCGGCCGGUGCGAACAUCUUGAAGGCGCUGCUGCAAAACCGCGCGGGCGGUGGCGCUGUUGGCAAGCUGGCAGGCGGCAGUGGCGCGCUGCCGAAGGAUGUUGCGAAGUGGAUCCGGGAGAGGGAUGCCCACGCGGUCAUUUGGCACAUACAGGAUAAGGAGUACCAGUUCGCGUCAGAGCUGCAUGCAAAGCUCGUUUCCAACAACAGAUUGAUGAUCUGUCUUCUUGACCGUGAAAAAAAGGUGAGG